UUAUAUUAUAAAUAUAAUAUAAACAACUGUAAAUAGAACUCGAGGAAGCGAUCUGAUCAACACCAUGACUAACAUAACCACAGGUGCAAACUAUCAGAAUCAUCAAAAAUCCUAUGACAAGUGGUGGCAAAAGUUCUGCCUACGGUGUCAUCAAGAAGACCAAACGCCAUCAUGGGAACCGGCGUGGUGGGGAAGGGUUUUCCCGUUCCCCAUUUUCUCCACUUAUAGGCAAAGUGCACAGCAACUUUUAAUUAUUAUGUUCUUUCUCCUGUCAUGGGGAAUAUUAUACGCAGAAAUAGGGGAACCGGUAAGUUUAAACGGAGAAAUUCUCAGCAUGACACUGCUAGUCAUCGCGGCGUACUUAAUCGGGUGGUUGUGGCUGAAAAUUACCACAUUGCCGGCACUUAUAGGAAUGUUGCUGACCGGGAUCAUAUUUCAAAACGCCGGGCUUGUGCAUAUGACCGAUAAUUAUAGAAAACUUAACCAGGAUUUGCGAAAAGUCGCUCUAGUUAUCAUACUAACGCGUGCUGGGCUCGGUUUGGAUGCUAAAGUCCUACGGAAGCACUACGCAGCAGUUCUUCAACUAGGCCUUUUACCUUGGCUAGUAGAGUGCAUAUGUAUCGCCAUUACUACACACUACCUUCUAGCAUUGCCUUGGAUUUGGGGUUUCCUCCUAGGCUCUAUGAUAGCUUCAGUGUCGCCUGCCGUUGUAGUUCCAUGCCUGUUCCGAUUAAAGGAUGAAGGAUAUGGAGUCGCUAAAGGUAUACCGACAUUGCUGCUCGCGGCUGCUGCUAUCGACGACUCGGUCAGCGUAGCUGUGUUCUCAAUUAUACUUAAUGCCAUGUUUUCCACUGGGUCCGUUACUUGGAACAUCAUAAAGGGCCCAUUAUCCAUCGUCGCUGGCGUUUUACUCGGAUCUUUGUGGGGUGCCAUGACUUCCGUUAUUCCGGAAAAAGACGACGUUUACGUGGUUCCUUUAAGAUUUCUGGCCUUGUUUCUGGGCGGGCUGUUCUCAUUAUUCAUAUCAAGUCUAAUUGGAUGGAGCGGUUCAGGUCCACUAGCCAUUGUCUCUUCUGGAUUUAUCGCAGCGUAUUAUUGGGAAAAGCAAGGUUGGCCCGUUAACAAGAAUCCAGUAAGCAAUAUAUUCAGAAUAUUAUGGAUUUUCUUUGAGCCAAUACUCUUUGCGUUUACUGGAGCCCAAAUAACGAUAAGUGCUCUGGACCCACAAGUGGUAGCCAUGGGCGCGGUCUGCCUGAUUAUCUGCCUAGUAUUGCGAUUAAUUUCUACACUUCUGGUCAGCUUUGGCUGUGGGCUGAACGUAAAGGAGAAACUAUUUAUUGGCUUAGCAUGGAUGGCUAAGGCUACUGUUCAGGCGGCACUUGGCCCUGCAGCGUUAGACAUAAUAAACAGCGGAAAUAGUUCUGGUGGUCCUGAGGAGUUAGUCUAUGCUAAAGCACUUUUGACUGUCAGCGUCCUUAGCGUCGUCAUUUCAGCUCCUAUGGGAGCCAUCUUCAUCGCACUGACCGGCCCCAGGUUAUUGACCAAAGAUGAAACAACAACAUCUUCAGAUGAAGAAAACCGCCGUCAAACGGAGCUAUCGUCAAUACAUCUUUAAGAUGGCAAGUGCUCGUUCCUCUUCAGCCCAUAAUUAACUUCCAGACAAGCUACUUUCUUAAAACCUCUUGAUUUUACUUGGUGCAGAAAGAUCUGUAUUAUAGGAUAAGAAAUUUUAUUUAAGAACAUAUAUAUGUAAGCGGCUGAAAUAAGUAAAUAUA